AUGAAAAACACUCAGUUACAAACUCUACAGAAACAUCUGGAUGAAAUAAACAAGACAAUGUCUGACAUCAAGGAUGAAAUUAAUUCAGUUGAUCUUGCCGAGGAUUCUAAUAAUAUUUCAAAGCUGUUUAGUAUUAUUCUCAAUGUAGAUAAAUAUAGAAAUCUUCCACAAAAUAUUCAACCAUCUCUACCUAAAUUUGUUCCUGGCAAAAUUAUUGGAGAAGAACUCCAAAAAAUAUUUGGAACCCUAUCAUCAAGUUUUUUGGCAUCAGAUAAACAUGGCUACAGCAUAAAGACAACACAGAAAGCACUAGAAGCUGGAUCCACUCCUCAGGUCAAACAGCUGCUUGAUAAACCAGAGAUUAUCACCACCAUAGAUACUGGGUAUAGAGUACUUUACAAUGUGGCCUGUGUGAGCGUUGAAGAUAUCUGGACAAGUGGAAAUGACAACACCAUGAAACUCUACAGCAUUAAUCAGGGAUCACUUCUCAAGACAAUCACAACAAAGUCAUGGAACACACCAGUAGACAUAGCAGCGGCAAAAAGUGGAGAUCUGGUUUUUAUUGAUGAUAGUGAUAGAACUAACAGGAACCUGGAUAUCUGUGUGUCUGACAAUGGAGCUAGAGCAGUAGUGGUUGUCAAUCAGGCCGGGAGACUGAGAUUUAGGUACACUGGACAUUCUCCUGCUCCAAAGAAUAAACCAUUCGAUCCACGAGGAAUCACCACAGACAGUCAGAGUCACAUCCUUUCAGCUGAUUAUAACAAUGACUGUGUCAACAUCAUAGACCAGGAUGGACAGUUCCUCCGUUACAUAGACUGUGGACUGAGUAAACCCUGGGAACUGUGUACAGAUACAUAUGACAAUCUGUUUGUUGCUCAAUUCAGGAAACAGAAAGUGAAGAAAAUCAAAUAUCUCCAGUAA